CUCGCGAGACUGGGUUGGUUUGAGGUACUCUCUCGUCGCCCUUCGGGCUUCACAAAAUUCUUGUGUAAACUCGAGAACGUUCCUCUUGUUGGGCCGGGUGAUGCUGAUCCGGACACGGUAUCUAUUCCUGCUGGCCUGGUGAUGGAACGUGAUGUAUCGAGACCAGAGGCUCCAUCUACUACAGAUAGUCCUUUGGGAGUGGUUCAAGAAAACCAAACCAGCAAGGAGACAGCGGAAACAAUUGUUCUUCCCCCUUAUGAUAAUGACCUUUCUCCUCCUGAUGCUGUAACAGGCUAUGUAUGGAGUGGUAGUGCGCCAUCGCAACGACGGAAACAUGUCACCCUGGACCCGUCUUUCUUUGCGCUACAGCUCUCACCCUAUCCAGAUCCUUUCAGGUCUUCGCAGAACCAGCGGGUCGUUAGUGGUUCAUCAACGUUGCCAAAUUUCUUCCGUAGUCUGGACCGAAUACCUGUCAUAGAUACGCACAAGUUGGGUAUCAUGUACGUGGCACCUGGUCAAACCGACGAGCUCGAUAUUCUCCGUAACACACAUGGUUCGCCAGCGUAUACGCGGUUCUUGGAAGGCAUUGGGCGACUCAUCAAUUUACGAGGUCAGGCCGAUGUUUAUGCAGGGGGCCUGAAUCCAGAUGAGGAUGGAGAAUACGCGUAUGCCUGGUGGGAUGAUAUAGGUCAAAUCCUGUACCAUACUGCGACGAUGAUGCCUACCCAUCCUGACGAUCAGUAUUGCAUCAACAAAAAGCGUCAUAUUGGCAAUGAUUAUGUUCGCAUCGUCUGGAAUGAUUCAGGCCGACCCUACCGUUUUGAUACCCUGGCCACUCAAUUCCAGUUUGUCAAUAUAGUUGUCGAACCUCAUUCCCUCGGCGCAAUUGCUGCCUUUUCCAACAACCUGCAUGAAAACGAGUUUUUCAAGGUCACAGUGCAACGUGCCCCUGGAAUGAAAGAGUUUGCCCCCAUCGGAAAUUUUAAACUUAUAUCCGCAAAAAACCUGCCGUUUUUAGUGAGACAAAUGAGCCUUUUGGCUGAUUGGUUCGCCUCGGUUUUUGAGAGAACCGAACGGGACACUGCCGAAGUCGAGGUUAUCACCAACUGGCGAUCAAGGUUACAGGCAAUUCAACGCUUUGGGAAGCAGAUACCACUGCCAGACGUCGCGGAGGUGGUGGAUGGCGUCAUGGGACAAGAGUCUUUCCGCAAUUUUACGACAUCUUAUUGAUACGCACGAUUGUAUCCAAAAGUACAACGUGUAUGAAAUGGGACUCAUGACUUACGUUGCAUUCUGUAAUCACUUUCUUUGUGUAUCCAUCGCUGGAAUUUCGUUUCGUGACUUCAUUUCACGAUCUUACUGUAUGCAGUGAAAAUGUAUUGUAAUAAAAGAAGUUCAGAGUACACAACGCAUACAUCAUGUUAAAUCAAUAAUAUCUGCGUCAGAUAUUGGAAUACUGCAAUUCGAAGUCGGUUGUAUGGAUGAUGAUUUGGGUCUGGAAGGGACAUGCUUACUGGCCUGUUGAGACGCAGUAUCGACAGUAGUUCGUGCUUUUGCCCUAGCAGCUAAUAAGGGAGCUAGGACCUUGGCAGGUCUCAGCGGAGACGAAUCAGAGUCACUGGAAAUCUCGAUCACGUCAAGAGACAUGGCUAGUGUUUUUGUGGGCUUUGGCGAACCAUUGCGGAGGGUGGUCAAUUUCUCAAAGUUAUCACCUGUGAUUUCUCCCCCUAUCGACUGGCUGCGAGGAGAAACGUGUUUGGGGCUUUUCUUAGGAGAUUUCGUUAUAUGAGAAGAGUAAGUCUCGGACUCGGUGGGGCUCAGAGAUUUCUUCCGUCGACGUUGGGGUUGGGGUUGACUGUCGGGGAGAGGGGAUGGAUUGGAUGGACUGGACGAGGACUCCACAAACGGAUCCUC